AUUUCGGCUCCAGCCUCCGCGUUAUGUCCGCUGAUGCUCUGGGGGCUUCCGCAGGCGCUGGAGCUCGUGCCACAUGAGGCAGCAGCUGUCGGAGGCGCUGGCGGUCCACGAGGAGCUGCGGCGGGUGCCCGGCCCGGACCAGGGGCUGGAGGAGUGCGAGGAUCGGGAAGGAUCAGGGUCUGGCUUGACGCGGUCCUGGCAUACUACCGCACGGGCCAUUACACAGCGCCGAAGAGAUCGUCCCCACGCAGAAUUACGUCAUGGGUAACCACGACCUGCGUGUGGCUGGCGUCCUCCUGGACAUGUCCCGUUGCCUGGCUCGUGACCCUGAUCCUGAAGCUGGAAUCCAACCUGGAGCGAGGGCGCCAGGGCCUGACGUGCGCGCGGGUCCACGCCGCGGGGUGCCUUCGCGACGCGCGGGGGUACUGGAAGGGCAUCUACGCGGACGCCAGGAUGCAGCUCGCGGGCGCCGGGCGCGGACCCACAGCUCCUGGACUUGCUCGUGAAGGGCGAGGAGCGAGUCGCAGCUGGCUUCAGAAGGACGCUGUCGAGCGACGAGCUGUGAAGCGCUGGGAGGUGCAAGCGUGCACGGGCUCUGUGUGUCAUCAUCAGCUCUGUCGCCUGAGACUCCCGAGCGUCGGAGACUGCCGACGCCGCACUUCCUUGCAUUUCCCCUGCGGUCUGCUUCGCCCCACUUGUCCCGCUCCUCCCGAUCCCUCUCUCCCGAUCCGUCCCUCCUCACUCCUGCCUCUCCACUGCCCUCCUGCUGCUCGUCCUCGUUCUUUUUAGAUUCUGUAGCCGUUUUGGAUCAGGGUCGCCGCUUCAGGCGACACGGUUUUCUGGCCCUUUGCUGUCUGCUACGCUACAGCGUAGCAUCGUCACCCGCCCGCAUCCCAUGGUCCGUAAGCCGAUCGUCGGUGGCAACUGGAAGUGCAACCCGGACUCGGUGUCCAAGCUGGAUGGUCUGAUCAAAAACAUCAACGACUGCGACACCAAGGGCUGCGACGUCUACGUGUGCCCCUCACCCCUGCACGUGUUCUACUGCAGCGACAAGUUCACGAACGGCGCAAUGGUCACUCCCCAGAACUGCAACUUCAAGGGCUGCGGCGCCUUCACGGGCGAGAUGGCCGUGGAGCAGAUGAAGGACAUGGGCCUCAAGUGUGUGCUGAUGGGCCACUCGGAGCGCCGUGGUGAGUUUGGCAUCUUCCCGAUGGACGACAACUCCACCCUGGCGACGAAGCUCAAGUACGCGCUCGACGCAGGCCUGCAGGUGGUCUACUGCAUCGGCGAGCCGCUGGCCAUCCGGGAGAAGGGCCUCGACGCCGUCAUCGCCGAGAUGGACGUGCAGCUCACGCAGAUCUACGGCCUCCUCGACCCCGCGAAGGUGGUGAUCGCCUACGAGCCCGUCUGGGCUAUCGGCACCGGCGUCACCGCCAGCCCCCAGGACGCGCAGGACACGCACGCCGGCAUCCGCAAGCUCAUCGCCGAGAAGGCGUCCCCGGAGGUCGCCGAGGGCAUUCGCAUCCAGUACGGCGGCUCCGCGAACGCCAAGAACGCCCCAGAGCUCUCGGCGAUGCCGGACAUCGACGGCUUCUUGGUCGGCGGCGCCUCGCUGAAGCCCGAGUUCGUUGAGAUCGUGGCCGCCAUCAGCAAGGCCAAGGCCGCCUGAGCGGCGUUUUCCCGUGGAGCAUGGGGCGAUAGCCUUAACCCCAGACGCCCGACGAGGUGUGCUUCUUUCCCACCCGCGGCCCCAGGGCUCGCGGCCCCUGCCUUGGCUCCCAGCCCCUUCCUUGGCGGCAGUCCUUCGAGCCCGAUCCCGUGCUUGACAGCCCCUGGGAGCCCGAAACCGGCCCCUGGGCUU